UAGCUGUGUCUAAUCGUGCUAAAAAUACUUGCUCUUCUAGGUAUUGUGCUUGACUCGGGUGAUCUACAAUGUGCCCAUUUAUUAGGGUUAUGCUCUUCCUUGUGCCAUCACGAGACUGGAUCUAGCUGGUCCAACCUCACAGACUACCUUAUGAAAAUCCUGACUGAGUGUGGUUACUCCUUUGUACUCCUUUGGAAACUUCCUUGCUACUCCUUGAAAGCUGAAUGUGAGAUUGUGCAGGACAUUAAAGAGAAGCUAUACUAUGUGGCAUUGGACUUUGCGAAUGAGGUGGCUAAAGCCAUCUCCUCUUCCUCUUUGGAAAAGAACUACGAGUUGCCUGAUAGACAGAUGAUCACCAUCGGAAAUGAAAGAUUCCGCUGUCCUGAGACUCUGUUCCAUCCUUCUUUUAUAGGAAUGGAAUCUGCUGGAAUUCAUGAAACAACAUACAACAGCAUUAUAAAGUGUGAUAUUGACAUUCGUAAGGAUCUGUAUGCCAACAAUGUCCUCUCUGGUGGCACCACCGUGAAUCCUCUCGCCCCUAGCACAAUGAAAAUUUAGGCUCCAUUUUGUCCUCCCUCUCCACCUUCCAAGCAGAUGUGGAUAAGUAAAGAGGAAUAUGAUGACGCUGGACCCUCCAUUGUCCACCAAAAGUGCUUUUAAACAUCAUCAACUGCUACACUCAGUCACCUGCACAAAUACUAAAGAGUGCAUUAUUUAUAAGCACAAAUGCUGUUUUAUGUUGCACUGGAUUUAUAGGUACAGGUUUCCUAUUAAACAAUGAUCUGGAUUUAUUGUUUGUGUGAAAUGAAAACUGCAGUGUUAUGGAGGGGCCUGUGGCACUCCAUGGGCUACACCAACAAGGAGAAUAUGAAUAUAUGCAUCUUAUACAUUUCUUCAUAUAUUUAAAACAAAUAUUUUAAUACGAGAGUAUAUGAGAGUUCACUGGACGGCUGUAACAAAAUAUUUCAGGCAUAAAGUCAUCUAAUGACAAUUAUAUCUCAUUCUUUUUAAGGAAAAACAAGUUUCAGUAAACAGCUUUCUUCAUUUACAGCCUUACUGUCCUAUUAGUAGAUUGACACAGAAGUUGUGUAGUCAGUGAUUGUCAGUUUGCAUACACUGUGCUCCAAUGAAGAUGAUCACAAAACAAAAACAUGGAUUAAUACCUUGUAAGGCUUCUCUAAAGAACGU